AAAAUGAAUUUUUAUAGUAAUGCUAUAAAAUAGAGAAAUCACUCUCUACGAGUAUUAAUGAAUCAUCAGUUGAUCGUUAUCGUUUGAUAGGUUUGACAUUCUAAAUUCACUUCUUGUGAACUUCAUUAAUUCAUGAGGACAAAAAUUGUGACACUUUGGUAUCGCUAGUCAACCGGCUUCUUAAACACGUUAUGGUAUCAUUCUUAUAAAUAGUGUAUUCAUACGAAGUGUAAAAGUAUAAUAAGUCGGAAACAUAGCUGUCGAAGAUUUGAAAGGAAGCAUUGAGGUGGUGCAGUGAAUUAUUAAUAACAAAAGUAAGGUACAAUCGCGUUAAAAAUUUAGAAACAAUAUAAUUACUUCGAAGAAACUAGUAAAAAAAAAAAAAAAGGUAAUUUUAAACGUAUUUAAUGUGCAUAUUCCGACAAAAGUGUGUCAACAAGUAAGAUAAUGUACGAAACGACAUUUUCAACGAAAAUAACAAAUUCUUAACAAAGAAAGAAAGAAGUGACUCGAACGUGAUUGCUUAAGAUUUGGAUAGUGUUGAUCAUUGAAAUAUUUUGAUUACUUACGUCGAUCAAAGGAAUGAGUUCCCGUGGGUUAAUGCCAUCCUUUUCGAGCAUCAAGAGCAGCGCGUAACAGGUAAAUCGAAUCGAAAGUGAGCCGUUUCAUUGAGUAACGCUGUUUUCGCUAUUAUGCGAUUGCCACGAAUUACGUAAUUGAACAACAGAGAACGAAAGAGGGACGAAGACGUAAAAAAAGACGUGUAUGAAAAGCGUAUUGAGAAUGACCUUCGAAAUCUUCUCGACUGUCCGUCCAUCGAGAGGGAAGAGUUCGGGGAUAAGGUCGAAAGCAAAAAUUUAAUCCUAUAUCUAGCUGUGAUUGUUCCAAAGGUAUCGAGCCGGGAAGAAUCGAAGAAAAGGAUGUGGUGCGGGAACAGAAGAUGAUCCUAGCGAGACAACGCAUUCUGGCAAGAGUAUAGAGAUCUUUUAAAGCAAUUAUAGUUGGUUAUGCCGUGUCUCUCAGCAGAGCAGGUGUAUCGUGAGAGAUGACAGUCACUUAUACCGCUGAAGUCGCUACCUGCAAAGGUCUCGGUUGCUUUCUAAAAUUACUCCUAAGAUGGCGAGCCAGCAUAUACAAGCUGGUCUGGUUGGACCUGGCCCUCUUCCUCUUCAUAUAUUAUUCGCUUUCGAGUAUCUACCGAUUGAUACUGGACGACGAGCAGAAGAAGAUCUUCGAGGCUAUAGUGACAUACUGCAACGAGUACAGCGAUCUGAUCCCUCUCUCCUUCGUGCUGGGCUUCUACGUUAGCAUCGUUAUGACCAGAUGGUGGAAUCAAUAUAUGGUGAUACCGUGGCCAGACUCGAUCGCCGUUUUCGUAUCGGCCACCAUUCACGGCAACGACGAGAGAGGUCGAUUAAUGCGGCGAACUAUCGUCAGAUACGUGUGCGUCUGCCUAACGCUGGUGCUGGCCAUGGUGUCGCCCCGUGUGAAGAAACGAUUUCCCACGUUGGAGCAUUUCGUGGAGACUGGCUUGUUGUUGGAGAACGAAUUGGUCAUAUUCCAAAGUCUGAACGCCAAGUUCCCCAAGCCUAGCAAGCAUUGGCUGCCAAUAGUAUGGGCGUCGAGUAUCGUGACGCGGGCGAGGAAGGAGGGCCGUAUUCGUGACGACUUCGCCGUGAAAACGUUGAUAGACGAGUUGAACAAGUUUCGCGGUCUCUGCGGCAGCCUCAUGCACUACGAUACAAUUAGCGUUCCUUUAGUUUAUACUCAGGUGGUAACGUUGGCUGUGUAUACGUAUUUUUUAACGAGCGUCAUGGGCCGACAAUGGGUGCAGAAUUCGUCCACGUCGACGAUCGAUCUCUACUUCCCGGUAUUCACGACGCUACAAUUCUUCUUUUACAUGGGUUGGUUGAAGGUAGCCGAGACAUUGAUUAAUCCAUUCGGCGAGGACGACGACGAUUUCGAAGUGAACUGGAUAAUCGAUAGGAAUUUACAAGUUAGCUACCUGAUCGUUGACGAGAUGCAUCACGAACAUCCAGAAUUGAUCCGUGAUCAGUACUGGGACGAAAUCUUUCCUACGGAGCUUCCAUACACAGCUGCAGCGCAAGCUUUCCGUGAAGAGCAUCCGCAACCGUCGACGGCUGGAAUUCAGUUGUCCGCGGCGCAGCAAGAACUGCAACCGUCCACAGCCAGGAUCGAUGACAUGGCAGCGGAUUUCCCGCAAAAAUUUCGUAGCGACGUGGCGGAUGAUGCCGAGUCCGGUAUACACUUUACAGCUACUGGAAAAAUGUCAAGGAGUGCUACCGAAAGUGGUAAAAUAGCAAGAAGCGCGAGCAGAGUGAGCACACGGGAUCGUACACUGAGCGGUGGCUCUACUCCGAGUAUCAUCGGGGAUUCUCUGACGAGAGUGAACAGCGUGACCAGUGUGCUGAAACGAUUAUUCAGCAAGGAUGACAGACCGGACGGUGGGACGUCGAGCGGUACUAAAACUCCUGGUAGACUCGCGACUUCUAGUUCUGCCGCUUCGUUGCAAAAUCGAAUUGUCGCGGGAGGGGGCUCGAUGAGGAUCGGAGUGAUCAAAGAGGAAGCCGACGAGCAGAUGACUUUGGUAUCGAUGAAGUCGGACAAGAAGCCUCAUGUGCAGAGCAUAUUUUCACCGGGACCACCGCCACCUAGCGCCCCCGUCGCUGUUCCCGGCAUGGAACAUUCGCGAAACGGAGAGAUAUUUUCGUGCAGCGCUCCUAUAACAGGUGGCGUGUUAGAAGGAAGUAACGGUGAAAGUACCAACGACAGACGAUACGUGCCUGAUUCAAGGCUGAACGCAACGGACCACGCAAUCGGCACGUUCGAGCAUUAUUUAUGAACCAGCAACGAGCUACGUCGGAAGUGGAAUCGGCAGUGAUCUCAUCAGUACUCGUACUUCGUCAUGUAGCAGCAUCAAUUCGGACGACGAAUUCUCAAAACUAAAAUCGGAAAGGGAGAAACAAAGGCGCGAGAAAGUGGUACGAAGACUGGCUAGAAGCACCAGUGGGCAUAAUAAUUUGAUCGGUGAACAUUCGAGAGGCUCCUUGGACGAGCAUCUUCUGUUAACAGAUAUGGCGAAUACCUCGCGUUUAUCCAUGAUGCAUGGAGAAAACGAGGAUACGGGCGUAAACGAAAAUGAUGGUGUUUAGCAGGAUCACAAUUAUCGAUGGUUUAUUAUCGAUGUUUAGUUUCAAUAACGCGAACGAAUGUUGAAAGGGGAUGAAUGCGAAGGAAAAAAUAAACGUUGUAAACGUUAUUUCUAUGAUAUUUAAACGAGAAGACUACCGAUCAAUCGAAAGAUCGAAGAAAAAAGUACUUAAGCGAAUUUUGACGCCCUCUCUUAUUUCUGUCUGAGAUUGAUUCAGAUGAUCAUAAUAGCUCUACAAGGUAUUAUGUUUAUAUACGAAUUUUUUUUUACUAGAAUGAUAUUGUAGAAAGAAAUAGAGAGAAAUGAUGAUAAGUCAAGUUUAAUCAUAAUUUGUGAUUAUAAAAAAAGAGUGAAAUUGAAUAGAAGAGUGAAAGUAUAGAAUUAAUAGAUGAAAUUUAUAAGCAUUUUCAUUGUAAAGAAAAAAAAAAAAAGAAAAAGGAGAAAUUACAACAAUGUUUACAUAUACGUAAAAUAAGCAAGAUGUGCUAAGUUGCUAUUAUGAUUUUACGUAUAUUGUAAAUCUCGUUUUCCAUUUUGCAAACAAAACUUUUCUAUCCUAUGUAAUUUCUAAAUGAUUUAUAUUUAAAAUGAUUUAUAUUAAUAUAUUUAGAAAUAUAUAGAAUGGACAAGAUGUUACAAUAUGGAUAAGAUAUUUGACUUUCAAUAAAAGAUACUCAAAUAUCGUAUUAAACAUCCAAAGAUUACGUAUAUAAGUGCAAACAUCGAAAAUUAUUGUUGCUAUAUUUAAACAAUGAAUUUAUUAUAUAUAUAUAAAUAUAUAUAUAUAUAUAUACCGGUAUACCUCUCACUUCAAACUCUACGUAUGGUAAAAUGACAAGAAUUUGUAAGAUCAUUGUCAUCAAAAUAUUGCCUUAUAUGAUAGUUUUCUACAUUUGCGUUUUUACAAAUGAAUUAUAGCUGCCUAAUGUUUAAAGAAAAAAGAAAAAAAAAGGCUUAUAGAUGAAUUCUUAUUUUAAUUGAUUAUUUAACUCUUAUUUUUUACAUAUUAAGUAGUUAUUAAUAUAAAAAAAUUGAAAAGAAUUCAAGCAAUAACAGUAUAAUAAUAAUUCAAGUUAAUUCAUUUUUUUCAAACAUUAUGAUAGAUUAUUUGCACAAGAGAUUUUCAAUGAAAUAUAUAAAAAAGUGUUCAGGAUCAAUUAAAAUCUUUGUUACAAAAUGUUGAAGUGCCUGUCUUGUGCCUAAUCUUAUUCAAUCAAAAGAUAGUAGUAUUCACUUGACGAAUUGUUUCUUGUUAAUUUAAGUUUCGAUUACUUUGAAUAAUAAUAUGUGAUCAAUGUUAUGCUCAAAAUAAAUAUUUUUACAAUACAAUAAUAUAAUGCGCUCGAGCACGCACAUUCCAGGAGACGGAGAAUAAAUUUAGAUCGAAGACAAAGUCGAUAAAACGAUCGCACGUUGAUAAAAUUAAGUUGAUAUUUUUCUUACGUUUAUAACUUGUAUUUAUAAUGUCGCACAUAUUUUCGACUAAUUACAAAUCUAUAUGUAAAGAAUAGGAGAGAGAUAAAAAUUUGAAAGAAACUUCGAAACGAGUAGCACGUCGAUAAUAAUAUAGAGGAAAAUUAGCGAAAAAUUAACAUAUGAAUUCUGUAUAUUCAUGUAUUGUGUAUAUACGCGUGUACAGAAAGAAGCUUAUGUAGCAUAUUCAACAUUCGGUACUGCCUAUAUAUAGCUUACGUUAGACAAUGCAUCUUUUAUUUUGGAAUUACAUUCCAGGACGCGAAUAAAUCCGAUGGUGCUCAUCGUUUAACAGUAUUACGAUGUACUAGAAAUAAUAUCCUCUUGGAUUGUCAUACAAAAAUUAAUAAUUUUUCUGAAUAAAUAAAAAUAUAUUAC